AUGAUAUCGCGCACAUUUCCCUUGAUAUCAUGCACAUUUUCAAUGAUAUCGCGCACGUUUCCCUUGAUAUUAUGCACAUUUUCAAUGAUAUCACGCACAUUUCCCUUGAUAACAUGCAUAUUUUCAAUGAUAUCAAGCACAUUUCUCUUGAUAUCAUGCAUAUUUUCAAUGAUGUUGCGCACAUUUCCCUUGAUAUCAUGCAUAUUUUCAAUGAUAUCGCGCACAUUUCCCUUGAUAUCAUGCACAUUUUCAAUGAUAUCACGCUCAUUUCUCUUGAUAUCAUGCAUAUUUUCAAUGAUAUCGCGCACAUUUCCCUUGAUAUCAUGCACAUUUUCAAUGAUAUCACGCACAUUUUCAAUGAUAUCACGCACAUUUCCCUUGAUAUCAUGCAUAUUUUCAAUGAUAUCACGCACAUUUCCCUUAAUAUCAUGCACAUUUUCAAUGAUAUCACGCACAUUUCUCUUGAUAUCAUGCAUAUUUUCAAUGAUAUCGCGCACAUUUCCCUUGAUACCAUGCAUAUUUUCAAUAAUAUCACGCACAUUUCCCUUGAUAUCAUGCAUAUUUUCAAUAAUAUCACGCACAUUUCCCUUGAUAUCAAGAAUAUUUUCAAUGAUAUCACGCACAUUUCCCUUGAUAUCAUGCACAUUUUCAUUAGUAUUAUGCACGUUUUAA